AUGGCUGCUGUGGUAUUAAAUGUUUAUCCUGAGAAAUUAAAUCCUGUUAUUAGACCAUUGAUGGAUUGUAUUAAGAAAGAAGACAAUGAAACUAUACAGAUUGAAGCAUCUAAAUGUUUAGCUAGAUUGUUUGAAUAUGUAUUAGAUAAAACACCAAAUCCAACCAGUAAAAUAAUCAAGAAUUUAGCAACGUAUGUUUGUUGUGAAACAUCAUCUACACCUUUAAUAAACCAACCAGUUACAACUAAAACUGCUGCAUUGUACAUCGCUUUGGUUCCAAUUAACUAUCUUCAAUGUAUUUCUAUUGUAGAUAGCCAGUCACAUGAAGUGAGUUGUGAUAAUAUAAAUGGUAUUAUAACAUUGUGUAACUUACAGAAGGUAACUGAAAUUGAUAAUUUACCAACAGAUUUAUUACAUGAUGAUACUGAAAUACAGAAGAGAGGUGGUGAAAGAGCUUUAUGUACUAUUUGUCAACAUUUUAAUUCUGAAUUACAGAAUAAACUUCCUGAUCUAUGGAAUAGCUUCUAUUUGGAUAAUUCCAACUUUCAAGUUUUUGAUGAUGAAGUUACAUCUCAAGAUCUUGUUAAUUCAUUACAAGUUUUACAAGUUGUCUCUCCGUCAUUACAUUCAUCCAUUUUAUCUCAGGUGACAGAUAAGCUUCCUCAACUUUGUUUAUGUUUACAACACCGCUAUGCAGCUGUAAGACAUAUGGCAGCCAGAUGUAUUGGUGUCCUAUGUCAACUACAAUUACAUUCUACUAUGCAAUUUGUGAUAGAAAAUAUUAUACCUAUGUUAAGUAAUACAGACAAUGAUAUACAACGACAAGGUUCAAUAGAAGCAAUGGCCAAUAUAAUAGAGAUAUUGGGAAUGAAUAUAUUGCCCUAUAUUGUAUUAUUAGUAGUACCAGUACUAGGUUGUAUGUGUGAUCAGAAUGAACCAGUUAGACUAAUGGCUACUCAUUGUUUUGCUCAAAUGAUCAGAUUACUACCAUUAGAGGCUGGUAUACCAGAUCCACCGGAAAUGAAAGGAGAUCUAGCUAAUAGAAGAGAUAAAGAAAGAAAGUUUUUAGAACAGUUAUUAGAUGGUAGUAAAUCAGAGGAUUAUGAUAUAACAGUUGAUAUUAAGGCAGAACUCAGAAAAUAUCAACAGGAUGGUGUCAACUGGCUGGGAUUUUUAAAUAAAUAUAAACUACAUGGUAUAUUAUGUGAUGAUAUGGGUUUAGGUAAAACAUUACAAUCUAUAUGUAUACUAGCUACUGAUCAUUAUGAACGACAGAAACAAUACCAGAAAGAAAAUACUCCAGAUUGUUGUCCUUUACCAUCAUUAGUUGUUUGUCCACCAACACUAGUAGGACAUUGGGUAUAUGAAAUUAAUAAAUUUGUUGAUAAUGACUUAUUGAAUCCAUUAAUGUAUGCUGGACCUCCUUCAGAAAGAAUUAGGUUACAGAAGAAAGUUAAGAAACAUAACUUGAUAGUAGCAUCUUAUGAUGUAGUAAGAAAUGAUAUAGAAUUCUUUACAACAUUUCGCUGGAACUACUGUAUAUUGGAUGAAGGUCACAUUAUCAGGAAUGGUAAAACAAAGCUGUCUAAAGCAGUAAAACAGUUGCUCUGUAAUCAUAGAUUAAUAUUAUCUGGUACACCUAUACAAAACAAUGUGCUAGAUCUCUGGUCCUUGUUUGAUUUUUUAAUGCCAGGAUUUCUGGGCACAGAAAAACAAUUCCAAGCCAGAUAUGGUAAACCUAUCUUACAGAGUAGAGAUGGUAAAAGUACAACCAAGGAACAAGAGGCUGGAGCAUUAGCAAUGGAAGCUUUACACAGACAAGUUUUACCUUUUAUAUUACGAAGAUUAAAGGAAGAUGUCCUACAAGACUUGCCACCAAAAAUUAUACAAGAUUAUUAUUGUGAUUUAAGUCCUUUACAGGUUGAGCUAUAUGAAGAUUUUGCCAAGUCUCAAGUAAAGAAUGAUAUAGAAGAUGAUGUGGUAUCAGAAGAUAGUAGUGGGAAGAAAUCUCAAGGUUCUACUCAUGUAUUCCAGGCGUUACAAUAUCUACGUAAAGUGUGUAACCAUCCAUCAUUAGUAUUAACAACUAGUCAUCCUAAAUAUGAUAUGAUAAUGUCUAGAUUAAAACAUGAUAAAUCAUCAAUACAUGAUAUACAACAUGCUCCUAAAUUAACAGCUUUAAAACAACUAUUAAAUGAUUGUGGUAUUGGUGUGGGUAGUAGUAAUACUAGUGGUACUAGUAAUAUAUUAGGUACUGAUGUACCAGUAGUUAACCAACAUAGAGUACUGUUAUUUUGUCAGUUAAAAAGUAUGUUAAAUAUUGUGGAACAAGAUCUUAUCAAAAGAGAAAUGCCAUCAGUGACAUAUUUAAGAUUAGAUGGAGGUGUACCUGCUACAUCCAGACACGAUAUUGUUCAAAGGUUUAAUAAUGAUCCAUCUAUUGAUAUGUUAUUAUUAACAACACAUGUUGGUGGAUUAGGUUUAAAUUUAACUGGAGCAGAUACUGUUAUAUUUGUUGAACAUGACUGGAAUCCUAUGAAAGAUUUACAGGCUAUGGAUAGAGCUCAUAGAAUUGGACAGAAGAAAGUAGUAAAUGUUUAUAGAUUGGUUACCAGAGGUACAUUAGAGGAAAAAAUUAUGGGGCUUCAGAAGUUUAAAUUAAAUAUCGCUAAUACUGUUAUUAGUCAAGAUAAUUCAAACCUUCAGUCUAUGGCUACUGAUCAACUGUUACAUCUAUUUACAUUGGAUGAUAUGAAGAAAGGUGAAAGUUCAGUACCAUCAACAUCCUCUGAUAAACCAGUUAAGAAAGAGAGUAUGAAAACUAUUCUAGAGAGUUUAGAGGGUUUAUGGGAUGAACCUCAAUAUGAUACAGAAUAUGAUUUAAAUAACUUCAUGCAAUCUCUUAACAAAUAAAAUUCCUUAUUAGUGCUAGAAUAAAUGAAUAAACUAUAAGUCUAAGUUUA